AUUGUUUGUUAAUGAAACAACAAAGCAAAUGAAAUAGCUUUCUUACAAGAAGUUUCUAAGGUUUUUUCAUAUCUAUUGUUAUUUUGGCAUUUGGGGAUAAGAUCUCUGCCAAUUACAAUAUGAAAAUGGGAAGUCAAAAUUACUUCAAGGUUUUGAUUAUUUGUCUUAUAGCAAUAAUUGGAUCAACUCAUGCUCAAUUGCAGCUUGGUUUCUAUGCUAAAAGUUGUCCAAAAGCUGAGAAAAUUAUUCUUAAGUAUGUUCAUAAGCAUAUUCCCCAUGUGCCAUCACUAGCAGCUGCACUCAUACGACUACAUUUCCAUGAUUGUUUUGUCAGGGGAUGUGAUGCAUCAGUGCUUGUGAACUCAACACAAAGCAACACGGCUGAAAGGGACUCUUUUCCAAAUCUUACAUUACGAGGCUUUGAAUUCAUUGACACAGUUAAGAGUAUUGUUGAAGCUGAAUGCCCUGGAGUUGUUUCUUGUGCUGAUAUAUUGGCUUUGACUGCUAGAGACUCUGUCCAUUCUAUUGGUGGACCUUUUUGGAAAGUUCCAACAGGUAGAAGGGAUGGGACCAUAUCUAAAACAGCAGAUGUUUUACUUGGCCUUCCUGCUCCAUUUCACAAUGUCUCCACCCUCUUAACUCUUUUCGGCAAUGUUGGACUUGAUGCAAAAGACUUGGUCUUACUUUCUGGUGCACACACAAUUGGUGUUUCCCAUUGCUCAACAAUUUCAACAAGAUUAUACAAUUUUACUGGAAAGGGUGAUCAAGACCCAGAUCUAGAUAGUAAAUAUGCUAAAAAUUUGAAAACACGUAAGUGUAAAGAUAUCAAUGAUCAAACCACACUUAUUGAAAUGGACCCUGGAAGUCGCAAUACAUUUGAUCUUGGCUAUUAUAAGCAAGUUGUUAAGAAUAGGGGUUUGUUCCAAUCAGAUGCUACAUUGCUUAAAAGCUCAACUACAAAAUCUAUUAUUGAUCAACAGCUAAAAUCAAAUAAAAAAUUCUUUAUUGAAUUUGCUAAGUCUAUGGAGAAAAUGGGUCGUAUUAAUGUCAAGGUUGGGACUGAUGGAGAGAUCAGGAAGCAUUGUUCACUAGUAAAUUAAAUAGCUGAGUGUGUUGUUAGUUUAUUUUUCAAGUUUUCAUUUAAUUUAUUUGGGGAUCUUGUUAUUUAUUUCAAAUCAAUGAUGUGGUGUCUUAGUAUUGGAAAUAACCUAUGAUUUGGUUCUUUUCCAAAUGAUAUGGGAAUAAUUGGUGUGAUUCCAAGGAAAUUAUGUUUCUUUUUAUUUUAUUUUAUUACAAUAUAAACAUAAUUGAGUGGUGGAGAAAAUUUCUUGUGACACACAAUA